AUGCAAUGCAUUACCGCAGAAAAGGCAGAAUCAGAAGAAGAGGAAGGCGUAGAUCCGGAAACAGAGAGUUCCGAAGACAUAGAAGACUGUGAAAAGAGAACAAUAAAAUUUAAGCCUUUUGGCGGACCACUUUUAGCUCAAACGGAAAUUUCUACAAGUCAACAAGACUUUUUCAAGAUGCUGGAUGAUAAAAUUCAAAAUGGUCCAGACUACAACUCCGAAAGCGAGUCUGAAAGGGCUCAGGAGACAGCCCGUCUGAAAGCCCUACUGAAAGAUUGGGAGACUGCAAGCGCUGGCUCUCGAUCCCUUCCAGCCACCCCCAAGAAGAGGCCGCCUGUCCCUCCGGGCGUUGUGGGAGUGAGAUCCGCAGAUUCAACGGCUAGAGAGGUGCCCCUGCCCCCCAUGCCGCCCAUGCCGCCUAUGCCGCCUAGAAUGCCCCCCGACAGAGUUUACGUAUCACAGAUUCCUCCAAGUGUCAUCCAUCAAUCAUACGGAGUUCAGCCUCAGUACCGCCAAGUGACCUACAACAACCCCAACUACGUAACCCAGAGCCCCUCGCACCAAAUGACCUACCCUUCAGCCAUGCAGUACCAAGCCAUUAGUCCCAUGUACUCCAACCAGCCGGCGUACCAACCUCCACCAGUGAGACAGUACCCGAAUUAUGCGCAGCACGCAAGUCCCAUUAAGACUUACAUGAAUAAUUCGGCGAACCACAUACCGUACGACCAGCCGGUAGCCUAUUCGCCUACACACAGAUUGUACGGAGUACCAAUUGGGGCUCAGCCGGUCGUUGGAGGUCAGGCUGGUAUGGUCAAGGAGAAGCCUAGCGAUAUGGGAUACAAACCCUCCUACACCAACGGCGAACUCCUCCAACAGCACAUGUACAGCCAACAGUACCAGCAGUACAAGGAGGCGCGGGAGCAAGUGCUGGCUCAGAACCAGCAGCACCCAGUCGUUUACAGAGGACCACCGAAGAAUUACCAGAGUAGUGUUACGAUUCCAAUAGUAGUGAAAAGUGGGCAGCAAAGCGACGCGAACAUGUUACAUAGAAAACAGUAUGAACUGACGUGAUAUAAUAACUUUUAAGAAAGAUUUUGAGUUUAUAAUAUCUGAUCGUGAUCGAAGAUGAAGAUUUAUUUGUUUAUAAAAAGAGGUUUAAGUUUGAUGAGUUCAUAAAAUGAAAAUGAGAGUAAAAUGAAAAGCAAACGCUAAUUCGCUAGUCUUUUAGAAUAAGGUUAAAUAAAGUUGUGGAUAGCGGAUCUCCUUGUCUUAAUCCGUUCCUUACCGUAAACGACUCUGAUAAGCUUCCUUCUAGGAUCCCCUUAUUUAAUGUUUCUUCUAAGGUGAUUUUCAUUAAUCUAAUGAGUUUGGUAGGUAUUUCUAACAGAUCCAUCGCUUCGUAUAAAUUUUCCCUAUCGAUUGAGUCGUAUGCCUGCUUAAAGUCUAUAAACAUAUUAUGUAAACCUAGAACCUAGAUUUAGUUCGUAGCUAUUGUGCAAUAUUUGUUACAUUGUAAACAUCUGAUCAAUUCUAGAUCUGCCUCUUCUAAACCCUCCCUGGUAUUCCCCUAUUAUUUCAAAUUCAUAUUUUGUUAGUUGGUUUUUUAUUAAUAGGGUCAAUAUUUCCUCUACCUCCUGAUCUGAUGGUUCUUUGAUUUCGGCCUCAUUUUUGUUUUGUUCCGACCCGGUUUGUGCUUGUAUUUCCUCCAUAUUGUUAUCUGAGUUUAGCAGUUCCUCAAAGUAUUCUGCCCACCCUUCUAAUUUUUUUUGGUAAGUUGCCAAUUAGCCUGCCUUCUUUACUUCUGCAGAAGCAUGCGAUUCCGGGACCUGUAGCUUUAUUGACUUUGGUUUCUUGGUAAAAAUUCUUGAUCUUUUUAUUUAUCAUAUGAUUUUCCAUAUCUUGUAACUUAAUUUUCCAGUAUUCUCCUUUACUUUUCUGAAGGUUAGUUUUGCUUUCUUCUUUGCUGAUUCAUAACUCUUCCUCAUUUUGUUCUAUUUAGUAUAUUCAUUUUUGUAUUUUAGCUUUUCUUCUGGUUUCUAAAUCCCUGUUUUCUGUAUCGAACCAAUAUUUACUUUUGCUUUGUUUAUUUUUCCUAUUGUCUUUUCUGUCGCUUCUGUUAUUACCUUCUCUAUUUGUGUCCGGUCAUGGUCAGUAUCUUUAUUUAGAAUUGUGUCUUCUAAUUCUUUUGUUAUUUCUCGUUUUAACAGAUUAUUGACGUUUUUAUCCUUUAGCGUUUUUACAUCAAAACGCUUGGCUGCAUUUAGUUUCUGCUUAGGUUCUUUUGGAAUUUCUGGUUUUAUAGUCGCUACUACCAUAAAAUGACCUCUCCUAACCAAUUUGUUGCACCUAGUCGAGAGAUUUCAAUGUUAUAUCUUGCCAGCUCUCUUUCAAUAAUUGGCAGCUUACUGUGAUUGUUUCUAGCACUUUUCCGUUUGUGGACCAGUAUCUGAAUUUCACACUAUGCCUGAUCACUAACAUUCGCAUGGUCGAUUAUCAAUUUCGCACUCCUUGAUUCGGACUUAAGGUAGUUCCGGUCGUUACCUGGAAUGUGUGACAAUGUCCAAGACAUUCUAUUAGAUGUCACGCAUAAGUUUCUUGGAAAUGAUAAUGCCAUGUAUUCCCCUGCCCAGCUACAUCGCAGGAUCACAACCAUCACAUUAAGAUCUUUCGGUCUAGUUGUGGGAAGCUUAUAUGGGUUAUUAGAUGGAGUACAGGAUUAGGACCUGUUUUCCUCUAGGAGAGGAGCUUAUGAGAGAAACGGUAGCUGGAGUAGGUGCAGGAUUUUCAAGCCCUGAAGUAGUGUGUCCUUUCCUGGGAACUUUAAAAGAGUACUAAGUAAUUUUCUCCAUCAUACGUGCAACCCAGUAACCUCUUAACUAGACAAUAUUCUUUAAUCAUCAUUUCACUUCCGCGAUUUUGUUAAAAUUCGACAGUAUUUUGAAAGUUCAUAGUUUCUAAACGUUAAAAUUGAUUUUUUAUUAGUAGCGCCAUCUAUAUCAAGGCGGGCUUUUACUGGGAAUGUAAUAUUGGUAUUUUAUUAUACCGGGUGUCCCGAAAAGGUUGCCCAUAAAUUAUACCACACAUUCUGGGGUCAAAAAGAGUUCGGUUGAACCUAACUUACUUUAGUACAAAUGUGCACAUAAAAAAAGUUACAGCCCUUUGAAAUUACAAAAUGAAAAUCGAUUUUUUUCAAUAUAUCGAAAACUAUCAUAGAAAAAUUAUACUGGCGUCAAACAGCGACAGCUUGCAUAAAUGGAAAAUCAACAGAAAUAUGCAAAAUACAAAGAGGCGUCAGACAGGGUUGUAUACUGUCCCCACUGUUGUUCAAUUUGUAUUCAGAUAGAAUAUUUAAGGAAGCGCUGCAUAAUUUGGAAUGGGGUGUGAAGGUUAAUGGAAUUCUGAUAAAUACAAUCAGAUAUGCAGACGAUACAGUUAUUUUAAGUGAUGAUAUGAAUGGAUUACAACACCUUUUAAAUGCCAUUGACAGAGUGGGAAGAGAGUUUGGCCUAAAUAUAAACUGUUCAAAAACAAAGUACAUGGUAUUUAGCCGUUUGGCCCAUCAAGAUUCACGGUUAUAUGUUGAUGGUCAUAUGAUUCAAAGAGUACCCAGUUUUAAAUAUCUUGGUUGCCAUAUUACUGAACAACUAGAUCCAGAUAAAGAGAUAAAAUGUAGAAUCGAGAUAGCCCGCACGACAUUUUUAAAAAUGAGGUCAUUCUUCUGUAAUGAUACCUUGCAACUUCAACUUCGAAAGCGCAUGAUUAAAUGCUACAUUUGGUCAGUCCUCUUGUAUGGUGUCGAAGCAUGGACAUUAAAAAUAUCCACCAUUAACCGUUUGGAGGCCUUUGAAAUGUGGCUGCACAGACGUAUUCUAAAAAUACCAUGGACGGCUAUGCUGACAAAUGUGGCAGUCCUUAAGAGAGCAAAUGCUACCCGUGAGCUGCUUGAUAACAUCAAAUAUAGAAAGAAGGCCUAUUUUGGACACGUAGUAAGGGGAGACCGGUAUAAUAUUCUUCAACUUAUUAUGAUGGGUAAAAUCGAAGGACGCAGAGGAAUUGGUAGAAAGCAGGCCUCUUGGUUGAAGAAUAUCCGGGAGUGGACAGGAAUAAAGAAAGCAGAACACCUAUUUAGAAUAGCUCGAGACAGAGACAGUUUCGCCAUGUUAAUCGCCAACGUCAAGGGGACUUGAUAGGGCACGUUAAGAAGAAGAUCGAAAACUAUUAGAGAUUUUUAUUAAAAUUGGACAUGUAUCAUUCUUAUGGCAGGAACACCUUAAAACAAAAUUAUAGUAAAAUUUGUCCACUCCAUAAAAUUUUAUGGUGGUUUUGUUCCCUUAAACUCCCCCCACCAACCUUUUGUGUACUUUCCAAUUAAUUCAUUAUUGUGGUACCAAGUUAAACAAAACGUUUUUAAAACUUUUUUGCCUUUUAGUAUUUUUUCGAUAAGCCAGUUUUUAUCGAGAUGCGACUUCUUUUUUAAUAUAUUUACAUAAACAUUUUGUGUGGGUUUUGUUCCUUUAAACCCCCCAAAUGUUUGUGUACGUUUCAAUUAAACUAUUAUUGUGGUACCAUUAGUUACAGUAUUUUUAAAACUUUUUGCCUCUUAGUCUUUUUUUAGAUAAGUCACCUUGUAUCGAGAUGUGCCUUCUUUUUCAAAAUAUACCUAAAAAUGUAAGUUAUAAAUAAAUUGUCAGAUGAUUAACAAGUAUAUCAUAGGUACCUAACCAUAUACAAAUAUAUGGUGGAUUCGACAAAUAUUCAAAAUAUCUCGAUAAACACUGGCUUAUCAAAAAAGUACUAAGAGGCAAAAAGGGUUUAAAAACAUUGUGUUUAACUAAUGGUGCCACAAUAAUAAUUUAAUUGGAACGUACACAAAAUUUUGGGGGGGUUUAAGGGAACAAAACCCCGUUAAAAUUUUAUGGGGUGCACAAAUUUCACUUUAAUUUUUUUUAAGAUGUCCAUUUUCAAUAAAAAAUCUUUAAGAGUUUUCGAUAUAUGAAAAAAAUCGAUUUUCAUUUUGUAACUUCAAAGGGCUGUAACUUUUUUUGUGUGCAAUAUUGUAUUGUAAGUGAGGUUCAAUCAACCUAUUUUUGACCCCAGAAUCGAUGGUAUAAUUUAUGACCAAUCUUUUCGGGACACCCUGUAUAACCUUGGACUGCUACUAAGAUAGAACUGACAUAAAAAAAUUAACCGUUUAGCAAGGAAGUCAAAAACCGAAUUAUUGACGAACUGAUAUUGCCCAAAUCACAAACUUAUUCCAUCUCUCACUUCAAUAUUGCAGCAAAAUUCACCUAAUUAAAUAGUAUAAUUGUUUGCUGUCUAAACUAAAUAUUUAAAGAAAAUAAUUUAAUUUAGGGACACGCUCGACCAGAUAUUAAUAAUUUAAAAUCUUCUUGAAGGACUUUACCACACUUAGUAAAAUACAUACUUUCUUGGUAUUCACAGAACUGGGAGUAUUGUUUGUAAGUACAAUAAAGAAGUUGCCAAAAAUUAGUAAACAAUAACUGUUAGUGACGUAUAUUUAUAAGUAAAUCUAGAAUAUAUAGUUAUUAAACCAUUCACUGCCGAUCACGUGCCUGCGCGUGUUAUGGUUAUUUUAGUCAGGUGCCGUUCACGCGCCAGCGAGUGAUAUGGUUACACCAGUCAGGUGCCGUUCACUCGCCGGCGAGUGAUAUGGUUACUCCAGUCAGGUGCUGUUUAACAAAAUGACUCGUAGCCGAGUUCCAUCAUCUUUGAUAGGCAGCGAAUGUGUUAAAGUUGAUUAUAUCCCAAAUAUUACUUCUUUUCUCCGAUUCUGAACGUCAUGUUUUCACGAUCAUUCAUCGUUUCAGAUCUAUCUCUUACGUAUUUUUUUUAAUUAUUGAUUGGGAAAAAUAAUAAUGAUCAAUACGAUUGUUUUAUCAUCUUUUCAGUGUUAUGAGUCUUUGGAAAUUUCUAUAAAUGUUUCAAUAAAUCUUCGUCGUUUUGUUUGCUCCCAUUUUCUACUUGCUUGUAUUGAUGUAUAAGAGAAGAUGUGAGAUUUCAUAAAAUUUAUUAGAGUAACAUAACAGAAUUCCUUUUUUCAAAUAUUUAUACAUGAAACACGUACAUUUAAGUUUAAAAUAAAGCUUUAUAUUGAAAACGCCAUUUGAUGUUAAUAGUAGGGGAGGAAAGUAUGGUAAAUUUGCAGUUACUCGAGCGUUAUGGAGACCUAUUGGGUUGUGAAGAGUAGAUCCUAAAAUCAAAAAAAUUUAAGUUAAGUUUUCCAUAAAGUGGGGGACUUUCCAUUUUUUUAAUCUAAUUUUCCAUUUCCAACAAUCGUUUUUUCCGAUUAUAGGGCCAUCUACCCAUAAUUCGAAAAAAUGUUCAAAUUAAAAAAAAAAUCGAAUAAAAGUUACUUAUUUUUACAUAAGAAAUCCAAAUCUGCAAUAAAAAAUGGGGGCUCCUAUUUAAGAUUUUAAAGUAACCCCCACCUCACCUCCGUUGGGGGUCGUGUUUGGUGCCAUUCGAUAGAUUUUUCAAAAAUAUUGAAUACGUGCAUUUUUCAGUUUUUCGAUCCCAUGUUCAUUUCGCGAAAUAUCGCGGGGUUCGUAUUUAAAAUUUUAAAUUUACCCCCCACCCCUAUCCGUGGGGGGGGGGUCGUGUUUGGUAGCAUUUGAUAGAUAUUUUAAAAAUAUUAAAAACGUAUUUUUUAAAUUUUUCGAUCUGACGUUCAUCUCACUCUUUUCCUUACGGCCCCGCUCAAAUCGUCAGAUUUUUGAAACAUACACUUAUUUGCAUGUAGGUACUUACUUUUUUACUUUUUUUACUUUUUUUUCUGACCCCCUUAACGAACUCUCCUGUACUAAGAGCCAAUAUAUGGUAGGGAUACAUUUACAGGGUACAAGGUUUCUCCCCAAGUGAUAAAUAAUCUGACGCGCUCGAGUAACUGCAAAAAUCCCCGCUUGGGCUCCGCUACCAUAAGUAACUAUGCCAGCAAAAACUUCACUAAAAUUAUCGAGUGUUAGGGAUUUAAAAAGGUACGUUUUCACCAAAUUUCGUGAAAAACGUUUUUGUUUGUGUAGAGUGUAAAAGAUAAGAAUAAAAAACCAAAAACUCAGUUAAUUCAUUUUUUUGCAUAAUUUUGAGGUAAUGUAAAAAAAGUGCAAAGACAAAAGUUUUAGAUAUUUUUAUUACCUACAACUUUACUAUUAGACUUUUUCCAUUGAGUUUGUAGUUUUGCCAGAAAUCGUGAUAAAUUUUUAACUCCUAAAGACUCACCCCCUUCCACUUCCUGACCUCAGAUCACUCUUAAAUUGUUUUUCUUUUAAUUUUUGUUAUAUUUUCCUCAUUUUACAAUUGGUUCCAUCUUGUUAACUAUUAUUUUUGUUUCCACUUUUUACCAUUCUCAAAGGUUUCGGCCCUUGUUUUAACCAUUAAAAUCGGAAAUUAAUGACUACAUUAUACAAUAAAGUACAAAAUUUGUACAAACAAACAAUACUCCCUUUAUAAUAACUUGUAAAUUUUAAAUUAUUAUAAAUAUAAACCAUAUAGAAAAUUAGCAAAGCUAUAGAUCUAUAGAUUGUUAGGAUGUACAUUUCAAAAAAGUACUUGUAAAACCAUCUGUUAAAGUUUUCAAAGUUGAUCCAAUUUUUUGUACAGUUAAUUAUACAACGACACGUUAUACUGUAAAUUACGUUUUUUCAGUAAUUUCUUUGGUCUAUUAUCUCUUGCAAAGGAGAAAAAUCUUCUACUGGUGAAUAGAAAAGUCUUCUAUUGGUGGUAUCUUCUAUACCGUCCUGGUGAACCACCGAGUAGCAUCUGUUAGUGUAAUAUUAUAGUUUCUAGAUUUGGUUUUCGCCCUUUUCGUAGUAUGUAUCUCUUUCUCUUCCAGAAUUAGCGCAUGGAAAUGGAAUCACUGAGAAGAACAUUUUCCGAAUACCUCUAUCUAUCUUAGCGGCUCAUUUUUCUAUAUCAUAUAAGUACCUUCAUCAUACAAACGUGCAAACAUCAGAAUUGGCCGAAGAGUAAGGCAGUGCUACAUUUUGUCCCCACUAAUAUUUAACAUCUAUUCUGAGUUUGUUUUCAAUAAAGCAGUGGAUAAUGUUCAAUAUGGUAUCAAGAUGAAUGGUGCCAAUAUUAAUAAUUUGAGAUACGCGGAUGACGCGGUAUUAAUUGCAAACAAUUACGAAGAACUUCAACAUCUGAUUACCUAAUAAGAUUGCCACAACGUGUGAUGAAUAUGGACUCAAGCUAAACACCGCAAAGACAAAGGUGAUGGUUGUCAGUAAAACUCCAAUACAACCGGAAGUGGUAACAACUUAUGGUGAGCAACUAACAGUAUUACCAACCUUGGUUGUACCUAAUCUAAAUGAGAACUAGGAUAUGGGCAAAGAAAUUAGAAUACGUAUAGAGAAGGUCAGAGCUUCAUGCUUUAAGAUUAAGAAAGUGUUAUGUGGAAACAAUAUUACUUUAUGCCUGAACAUUAGAUUAGUGAGAUGAUAUUGUGUUCUCUACUCUUUUGUAUGGUGUGGAAGGUUGGACUGCAACGGAUAUUCUUCUUAAGAAUCUGUAAGCUCUGUAAGUUGGGUGAAUAGAGAUCGUAACUAAGUCGGAUGGGAAAAGUUUCAGAAGUGGUUAGAACAGUUGUAAAAAUAGGUACAAUAGUACAAGGCAAGAUAGACUGAACAAGCGGGCCAGGUCGAAUAAGAACGUCAUGGCUUAUAAACUUAAGAGAAUGGUCUAACGGAUUAAGCCUGGACCCCGCGUACCAAACAAUCGUUGAUUCAUAGCAAGCUGAAUAUUUGUUAAUAGCUUAACGGUGUCUAGUCGGACAAAAUUUGAUGUAUGGGAACACUGGAACAGAACAGGGGAAGCUUUAAUUGUGGAACGUGAUUUUAAUUGUGGACAGUGUCAUCCUGACAAGUUUAUGAUUGUGAAAACUAGCAGGUUGUUUUUAAGUUAAUUCAAUAACAAACUUUAUAUAAUAUAUGAAAAAAUGCUUGUCCUACAAAUAUGUUGGGCAUUUUAAGAAGGCCGACAAGUAAAACAUGUCAAAUGACAGGCAUUAUAUUAGUACUAAAUAGCAGUCUGAUUCUUGCAUGAGAGUUUAAUCAAAGCGUAACAAAUUAAUUGGACGUUCUGUCCGACAAAAUACAUGGAAUGUUUUCGUAGUCUGACUUUCGAAACCUGUUACCUGUUCCACAAUUAAAACUUCGCCUAUUCCAGUGUUCCCAUACAUUCAAGUUUGUCCGACUAGACACCGUUAAGCUAUUAACAAAUUUUCAGCUUGCUAUUAAUAAACUUUUUUUUUGGUAAGCGUGAUCCAGGCCUUGAUCCUCUGCAUCCCUUUUCCGAGCUGCCGUCAACAAAAUAAAUAUAGCUAAUUUGGUAGCCAACACUCGAUAAUCGACGAAGGCACAUCAAGGCACGUCAGUGUACUGACAAUGAUGUGCUACAGCAUGCCCAUUAGUAUAUCCAUUUCAAAUAUUUGUAUAUUUUCUUAUGGUGGUUAGCCUAUUGCGUUGUGAUUAUCUACAUAUUACUUAAUAAAAUUCCAUUUUCUAUUCUUAUGAGCUUUUAUACAAUAUUUAUUUAUCUAUAUAUAAUUUUGAACUGAAUACGCAAUAUAUAUUCAUAAUAGAUAUUUGCAAUAUAUAAUAUUUAAGUGACCUUGUCGUAUACUGUAUAUAAUAUAUCCUAUCUGGUUCGAAGAUAUAGCUUACAGUUUGAAAUGUACAUCUUUAUUGUUAGAAAAAUUUAUAUUUAGAUCUCCCAAGUUAUUUUUUCUUUAUAGUAUCCACUUACAACAAAGAUCUAUGAUAGAUUAUGUUAUAAUCAACGUUGCGACAUAUCUCUCUCCCACUAAAAAUACGGCUGCUAAAAUGCUAUGUAUUUACAGUCUUUUGCUGUAUAGCACAGAGGCCUGAACAAUAACGGAAACUUAAUGAGGAAGCUGGAGGCAUUCAAAAUGUGGGUGUGUCGACGCAUCCGCAAAAUAUCCUGGACGACCCACACUACCAACGUAGAGGUAAAAAAAAACGUUUUUACGUUUUUAUUUCGCCGGAAACUAGGACAAAUAAUCCUCGGACAAAUAAUCCCCGGACAAAUAAUCCCGGACAAAAAAUCCCCACAAAUUAUCCCUGGACAAAAAAUUCCAAAAAAAAAAUCCCGGACAAAUAAUCUCCACAAAUUUUUUGGACAAAAUAUUCCCAUAAAAAAUCCCGGACAAAAAAUCCCCAAGAAAUAUUUGCUGUCGAAUAGUUCUCUAAAAGUUUUUCUGAAAUUUUAACGAAUUCCAAUUCCAUGCUGAAAACUUUAAAUUAUACAUGACAAAAAAGUGUGAGUUUUUUCAAAAAUCGUGGAAAAUAUGGAGAAUGAGCUAAGGCCCCGUUUUCAUGACAGGUGCUUAACGCUCGAUUACAACUACAUACAUUUUACUUGAGACCGUUCACAUGCCAACGCGCGUCUUAAUGACCUAAAACGCGCGUUAGCAUGUGAACGGUCUUCAGUAAAAUGUAUGUAGUUGUAAUAGCGCGUUAUUAAAACUCGCGUUAAGCGCCUGUCAUGAAAACGGGGCCUUAGCUCAUUCCCCAUAUCUUCCACGAUUUUUGAAAAAACACACUCUUUUGUCAUGUAAAAUUUGAAGUUUUCAGCAUGGAAUUGGAAUUCGAAAUUUGUUAAAAUUUCGGGAAAAAUUUUUAGAGAACUAUUCGGCAGCAAAUAUUUCUUGGAAAUUUUUUGUCCGGGAUUUUUUGUGGGGAUAUUUUGUCCAAAAAAAUUGUGGGGAUUAUUUGUCCGGGCUUUUUUGUAGGGAUUUUUGUCCGGGGAUUAUUUGUACGGGGAUUUUUUUUCCGCGGAUUUUUUGUCCAGGGAUAAUUUGUGGGGAUUUUUUGUCCGGGAUUAUUUGUCCAGGAAUUAUUUGUCCGGACGCCGUAAAUAAGAGAGCAAACGCAGACCCGGACGAAGACACUCAUGGCUUCAAAACUUACGCCAAUGGUUUGGACUAACUUUGAUCGAGUAAUUCAGAAACGCCAUAAACAAAAUUAAAAUUGCUAUGAUGAUAGCCAACGUCAGCAACGGACUAGAUGCGUACCUAGUAACAAUAAUCGUCCUAAGAUUCCUGAACUCAGCAGAUGUAGGUAGCGACCGCAUAGCCUCAAAUAAUAAGAAUCAUUAUGAAAUACUUCACAUCUAAGAGAGCGGCAUCAACAUAACAAAAAUCGAAGUAGAAAGACUCAAUACGAAAUCUACGGAAUAAUUUUACAGAAAUAGAAUAUCAGAGAAGUUUGCUGAGAAUGAAAUAUUAGAAAACGAUAACAUCGAGGAAAGCUGGGAAAAAAUAAAAAGUAACAUAAACUCCUGGACAAAAUUAACGCAUCACUUAUAUUUUUCUCAAUAAUCUUUAUUUAUUGAUAAUAUACUGUACGACAAGUUGCCUAUGGACCUUGUUUGACAGUGACAGUUGUUAUGUAAGCUAAUAAUAGUCUUGCUUUAACAAUAAUUUGUAUUAAACUUCGUUUUAGACUAAAAGUGAGUUAAACUUUUCAUAAAAAGUGCCGAUUAAAGCAAAGUGCUUGUGAGAAACAAGCUUUUUAUUGUGAUAUUUUUCAUCACAUGCAUGUUUGGAAGUUCAUUUGCAUAAAAAGCAAAUAAAAAAAUGAACCGCCAAAGAAAUUUGUCAAUGGAGGAGGCAGUGCGAGCAUCGACUCUCCUAGAUGAAGGAUAUUUAAUGCGAUACGUUGCAGGUUUGUUAGGAAGACAUCAUUCCAGCAUCAGUCGCAAGGUGAGGCGAUAUAUAAUGAAACAGGGUCAUACCAUCGAAGACCAGGACAAGGGCGAAAACGUUGCACUAAUCAAAUUGAUGAUAGUUUUUUUUGAGACAACGUGCUCUCAGAGAUAGGACAGUCACCAGCUAAAAAAUGAACUAGCAGAUGUUCGAAAUGUAGCGACAUCGUCUCGAACAGUUAGAAGACGUUUACAUGAAGAAGAAUUGAGCAACAGGAAACCGGCCAAAAAAACCCUUGCUUACCAGAGAACACAGGGUUCAGAGAUUGAAUUUUGCAAGAUUGCAUCAAAAUUGAACCAUCGAUGAUUGGAAACGAGUUCUUUUCUCCGAUGACGCUAGAGCAAGCCUAAAAGCUCCAGAUGGUCGUGAGCGUGUCUGGCGAAGGCGAGGAAAAUGGUUUGCCAGCUGCAUUAUCUCUCCUAAAGUACCUUUUGGUCGUGGCUCGUGGCAAAAUGUUUCGGGGGGGGGGGGGGGGGGAUUGUUUUGAAGCUCGUACGGAGUUGGUCCCCAUACGUACGAGGUCUAUGAAUGCCCAUUAUUACUUACACGACAUUAUUGCCGAACAUGUAAUGCCUUUUGCUCCGUUUCUUGGACCUAAUUUUUUUAUUCAUGCAAGACAACGCUCGUCCUCAUGUGACUCGACAAGUUAUUGGCUACCUAAAUGAUGUUGAUAUUCCAUUAUUAGAGUGGCCCCCUAAUACUCCGGACAUGAAUCCUAUAGAGCAUUCAUGGGACUAUCUCAAAAAAAAGAUUCGAAGUCGUAGACCCCCUAUUGCCAAUCACAACCAACUCAUUGAGGCCGUUAUUGAAGAAUGGGAGAAUAUUCCGCAACUUUUGUUGAACAUUUGAUAUCAAGCAUGCAUCGACGCAUAAAUGCAGUCAUAAAAAGUAGAGGAGGGCCUAAACGGUAUUAGUGUUGACCCAGAUGCAUUUUAUUGUGUUACUUUACUGAUUUUUUUUCUUUUUGCAAUUUGGAAUUAUGCUAGAUUAUUUACGCAUUUCCGGCAAAACCAAAUUUUUAAAGAAACAAUAAGGCAAAUUAAGGUCAUGAUAAAGUCAUGUUGAACUUAUUUGUAGAUGUUUAUUAUUAUUUCAAUGUAACUUAGUUUUAUUUCGUGUUCAUAUUGUAAAUAUUUAGAUUAACUAAAGUGGUGCGUUAAUUUUGUCCAGAAGUUUAAUUAACGCAGCAAUAGGAUCACUUGGAGAGAGAAAAGAAACGAACACUAACAUAUAAAAGAGAAAUCCUUAUGGUUUAUAUGGGAAUUAAAAAUGUGAAGAAAAGAAGAAAGCCUCUUUACAAUACAGAAAAAAACAAACACAACAGGCAUACAAACACUAUAAACGAAUCAGAAAUGAGACUACUACUUUAGUCAGACAAAUAAAAAGAGAAUACUGGCAGAGCGUAUCAAAACAGAUGGAAUACGACUUCUACUGAACACAACAAUAACUAAGAAAGAUCUAAGUAAAAUAAGAAUACCAUGAGCCUAAGGAGAGAAUAACUUUAAAAAUGAAGAUCUUAGAAAUAUGCACACAGUAAUAAAAUAUAGAACUGAUGAAGAGCAACAUUAAAACAAAUGAAGAAAAGCACUGAAACUGAUAAUUAUAUUUGGAAUUGACGGAAGAACUAUAGAAAAGAUUCCUUCCAAUAGAAGGACGAAUGGAAUAGAUAAGAAACCGUGAUAUUUAUUCGUAGUUAAAAUGUCAUGUAGAAACAAAAUAUUCUCGUAAAAUGUUUGAGCAUUUGAGGUUGUCGCUUAAUUUUUUUAAAGGUUAAGUUAUUCUAAAGAAAAAAUAAUUUUGGAUCUUGUAUGUUAGCAAAACUCUUUGAAAUGUGAUAUUGUAAUACUAGAAGAGAUAUCAUUAAUGUAUAAAUGUUUCAUGUAAAAGCCAAAUAUUAGAUAAUUUAGAAUCAAAACUACUUAUAUUAUCUUUACUACAUGUCUCAUUACUAGAUAUUUUGUUUUUUAUGUCUCAUUUUUUCAUUGUUUUGAUAGGUUGGAAGUACCAAGUUAUUUGUUCAAAAUAAAAUAUAAUUGUGAAUGUCACCAAACCUUCACAAUGCUGUAGCUUUGAUGUGUAGCAUAAAUAGAUCAGCAUCAUGACCUGACCUUAUAGAUAUAAUUAUGUACCUAUUGUACACUGAGUUUCCCAUUGAGAACCAAUUAUUCAAAUCUUUCGGCGUAUUGUUAGAUUAUAACUGAAAUAAAUUAUUUCUUCUAUGA